AUGGCGCGAUUCACCAACAUUGGCAUGCCGAAGAAGCGCUUUGUCGCUUCUGCGGCUGAGGAGCGGGAGGCGGCCACGGACGAGCCCCGGCAGCAGGACAACGAGGCGGGGCCGUCGAAGGGGAAGAGGAAGGGAUGGGGACGGGAUCCGGACAUUGCCACUGAGCGCUCCGAGGAGCGUCGCCAGAAGCGUGCGGAUCUGCGCACAAACCAGACAACCUGCUUCGCGUGCCGUGGUAUUGGACAUGCGGCCCGCGACUGCCCGAACAUCCUCCUCGCGGCCUCUGGUGCCAAUGGGAGCGCGGCGCUGCUCGAGGCGGACGAGAUGGCGAAGCGCCAGGCCGAGUUGCUCGAGGGCGAGGGCAAGGUCAAGUCUGGCAAGAGGGACAAGAAGGCAAAGGGUGGAGACGUCGUUGGCGGGAAGUGCUACCGGACUUCGCAGCUACCAUGCGGACGCGAACAGCUGACACCCAGAUGCAACUCGGACAAGCACUCGCUCUCGCGCUGUCCCAAGCCCAUGGACCCGGAGAACCCCACGCCAUUCGCCACCUGUUUCGUCUGUCUCGGCACUGGGCAUCUCUCCGGUGCGUGCCCGCAAAACCCGCGCGGCGUUUACGUCAACGGCGGCGCGUGCAAGGUUUGCGGAUCCGUCAAGCACCGCGCCAACGACUGUCCCGACGACAAGCGGCCGAAGCCCGAGCCCGGAGCGAUGCGGGGCAACCUUGCUGUCGGCACUGGUGCCAACGCCGGAGCGGACGAGGACGACUUCAUGGUCGAGCGCCGCAUCCAGCACCGCGAGCAGCGGAGGGAGAAGGCCGAGAAGGCGGCGCAGAAGAAGCCCUACUCGAGGCCGAAGCACGAGCCCGCCAAGAACGGCAUGCGCGGACCCGCGAAGCAGCCCGGCGAGGAGGGCGCCUACGCCCCGGCUCCUGUUGCUGCUCCCGUCGCCGCCGCGCCUAAGAAGAAGGCCAAGGUCGUCACGUUCUGA